CUGGGACGCUCUUUGAGCAGUUGACGUCCGGAUGGCGAUUCGAGCAUUUGCAGUCUCAGUCGCUCGAGAAAGGGACCCCCCGUCGUUUCCGACAGGACUGCGAUCAUGUCUGGGCUCGCGGGUCAGUCAGCGCAGGCCUUGACUACUGCGUCAGCUCGACUUGCCGCCUCUAUGCGGGUUGUUGAGAGACGCGAGCGCCGAGCCGACUGCGAGCAAGCCAUUCUCGAAGAGAUUGAGAGGCACAUGGCCGGCAUAGGCUACUGAAGCUCUGUGCCGACGCUGAGCGGCCAGACUUGGCCUCGCUGUCCGCACGCCAGCCUGCAUCUUGCGGUGUCGCAGUGAGGGUGAUCGAGAGCAAAGCGCGACGUACGUCACUCGCCAGCAAGCAAGCAAGGCAGAUUGGCUCUUUGCUGGGGCCAUCGCUGCACUUGACAAGAUGAAGAUCCUGUCCAAGGAGCAGGAAGAUGCUCACUACAAUGCCGUGCGAGGAGGCCUCACAAGGGGUGCCUUGGUCGGCGCAGUCCUAGCAGUCGCACUCGUUGGCGCGCAGAGAGCCAAGCUACGGGUGGCCACAGAACUCACGAUCCCACUCAAGGCCUUCCUCAUCUCUGCGGGCACCACGGCAGGCGUCGUGCUCGGUGGCGAUUCUGCAUCUCGUCAGUUCGACGUCCGGUCACGGGAAAAGACUGGACAAGGGCAGAGCGAAUCCAAUCUCGAGCGCAAGCUCGGUAUAGACCAAAGAGUCACGACGCUCAGCGAGGACGCGGACCGGACGACACGACUGACUGCAUGGGGCAAAGAGCAUCGAUAUGGCAUCAUCUUUGGCUCUUGGGGUCUGUCGAUGAUUGGCUCAUUCGCCUAUGUCGCCUCGCAGCCUAUGACGACUGCGCAAAAGAUUGUGCAAGCGCGAAUGGUCGCACAAGGCCUGACGCUGGCCGUCUUGAUCGCCUCGGCUGGUCUGGCCGCCAUGCCCAACGAGGAUGGCGAAAGCGAGGAUGACAUCAAGCGACGAGAGCGAGAGAACAGCAUGUACCGCUUCAAGGCAGACUCGCCUCACGAGAAACACCUGCGCGAGGAACGGGAGAAGAAAGAGAGACACGACAAGGAAGCGGCUGCCGAGGAGAGCAAGAGCAAGACCAAGCAGACCGACGUGAAACAGUAG